CUCCUCCUGCUCCUGCCGCUCCCGCUGCUCCCGGCUCCGUCCUCGCAUCCGAGGCUGGGGAUGCGCCCCCCUCCCCAAUCGGGAUGCACCUUUUCGGGCCCGGCUGGAAGACCCCCCUCUCCCCCCGCGACCCCCGCCCCAUAGGGGGACGCAGUGCUGACCCUUGAGCUGUGGCCUCCAGGAAUCCCCUCACUGCGCUUCCGACCAUGGACGCUAAAGAGAAGAAAGAGCGCCGGCCCGGCUAUUUUGCUCGGUUGAAGAAGAAAAGGCAGACGAGGCAGACGGCAGAGACGACGUCGGCCGGUCCCCGGGGGCCCUCGGCCGGCAGGACUCCGCCCGCCAAGGGCGACAACCGCGGCGGCCCGAUGGCCGAGGAGGCCGACCUCACCGACGAGGACGGGAAGAAGAGGAAGAACAGCCAGCUGAAAGACAGCCGCCGGACGGAGCUCAAGAGAUACUAUAACACCGAUGACAAUCAGAACAAAACCAGUGAAAAGAAGGAGAAAAAGAUGGUGGUUCGGAAGCCCCAUGGCUCCAUCGAAUACACUGCUGGGAGCCAGGACACAUUAAACACCAUUGCCCUGAAGUUCAACGUCACGCCGAACAAGCUCGUGGAACUGAACAAGCUGUUCACACACACGAUCGUCCCCGGCCAGGUCCUCUUUGUGCCAGAUUCCGACGUCCCUUCCGCCAUGCAGCGAUUAACCUCGUCGAGUCCCGGCACGACCGUUUCCCCUUUGUCAUCUGACGCGGAGUACGACAAACUCCCGGAUGCUGACUUGGCAAGGAAGGCCCUAAAGCCUGUGGAAAGAGUUCUCUCAUCUACUUCUGAGGACGAUGAGCCUGUGGUUGUGAAAUUCCUCAAAAUGAACUGUCGCUACUUCACGGACGGUAAGGGAGUCGUCGGAGGGGUCAUGAUCGUCACCCCCAACAACAUCAUGUUUGACCCUCACAAGUCCGACCCUCUGGUCAUCGAGAACGGCUGCGAGGAGUACGGACUCAUCUGCCCCAUGGAAGAGGUGGUCUCCGUGGCCCUGUACAACGACAUCUCCCACAUGGAGAUCAAGGACGCCCUGCCAUCUGACCUACCACAGGAUCUUUGUCCUCUGUACAGGCCGGGAGAGUGGGCGGACCUGGCCUCGGAGCAGGACAUCAACCCAUUCAGCAAGUUCAAAUCCCUCGGCAAGGAGAAGCGGCGUCCGGGCGAGGGGCAGGUGCCGGGGGAGCGGCCCGACCCCGGGACCGCGGCACCCCCGGCCGGAGCGGGCCCCGGACGGCCGCCUCGCCGGGCCGAGGAACCGUCCCUGGGCACGGAGGGCCAACCCUCCAGGACCAAAGACCACGGCCUCGCGGGCCAAGACGACGAUUUUGUCGAACUGGAAGAGUUCUUCCCGCCCGCGGGCGGCGACGGCAACACGGAGCUCAAGGAGGUCCUCGACGUAGAAGCGCACGAGAAGGAAGACGAGAGGCCGGGGGAGCCACCGGCGGAACCGGACCACGCGGCCGCCCUGUUGGACAUCCACGAGGGCCUGGACAAAGUCCAGCUGAUCGAAUUUUACCUCAGCAAAAAUCGGGAAGGAGCGGGGCCGCCCGGGCCCGAGCGGGAGGCCGCCGCCGCCAGCCCCAGCCGAGAGCCAGAGGAAGGCGCCGUACCCCCGGACGGCCCCGACCCUCAUCCCCCUUGCCCCUUGGGUCCCGGGGAGCCGGGUGGGCCAGACGCUGGCCUCCCCCGAGAGAGGGAGUCUCCCCCGCCGGAUGGGGAUUCCUCCACCGCCGAAGAGAAGGACUCCUCAUUGCCAUCUUCCCCAGACCACAGCUGCCAGGACAGGCAGGCGGACAGUCAGUCGGAAAUCCAGUUAUGGCUGCUAAAAAGAAUUCAGGGGCCCAUUGAAGAUAUGCUCCCGUCGAAGGAGGAGAAAAGCAAGACGCCCCCGAUGUUUCUGUGCAUCAAGGUGGGAAAGCCCAUGAGGAAAUCCUUCUCUACCCAGAGCACGACCAUGGGGCAGCAGUACGGCCACAGGAAGAAGCAGCCGGAGUACUGGUUUGCCGUCCCUCGGGAACGGGUCGACCACUUGUACACGUUCUUCGUCCAGUGGUCUCCCGAGGUCUAUGGGAAAGAUGCCAAAGAGCAAGGAUUUGUGGUGGUGGAGAAGGAAGAGCUGACCAUGAUCGACAACUUCUUCAGCGAACCCACCACCAAGAGCUGGGAGAUUAUCACCGUAGAAGAGGCAAAGCGCCGCAAGAGCACGUGCAGUUACUACGAGGAGGAGGAGGACACUGACGCGCUCCCCAUCUUGAAGCAGCACAGCGCUCUCCUGGAGAACAUGCAGAUCGAGCAGCUGGCCCACCGCCUCCCCGCGAGGGUGCAGGGUUACCCGUGGCGACUGGCCUACAGCACUUUGGAGCACGGGACCAGCCUGAAAACACUGUAUCGGAAAUCGGCCUCUCUGGACAGCCCCGUCCUCCUGGUCGUCAAGGACAUGGACAACCAGGUGUUCGGGGCCUACGCCACGCACCCCUUCAAGUUCAGCGACCACUACUAUGGCACCGGCGAGACCUUCCUCUACACCUUCAGUCCUAAUUUCAAGGUGUUUAAGUGGAGUGGAGAAAACUCUUACUUCAUCAAUGGAGAUCUAAGUUCCUUAGAACUCGGUGGUGGAGGGGGACGCUUCGGUUUAUGGCUGGACGCUGAUUUGUACCAUGGGCGGAGCAACUCUUGCAGCACUUUCAAUAACGACGUCCUCUCCAAGAAGGAGGAUUUCAUCGUUCAGGACCUCGAAGUUUGGACAUUCGAGUGACCUCCAGACGGCCUUAAAAACCAAGGGACCAGGGGCGACCAGCCCCUCGAGACCGGCUGGGACGUCAUCCCCCGCGCUGUCCCUUCGAGCUUUCAGAAACGGUCCCAAGCAUGAUUCCGUAGCGGGAAGAGCCCGAAAGGCCCCACCCAGGAGAGACCAAAAACCGGGUGACGGCCCGUGAGUUUUCCUUCCCACGUCCCUCUGCUCCUCCUUUACCGGGAUGGCGGAUUUACGGACGGCUCUCGGGGCGAAUGGGUCCCUGGCGGUUCUGGGGGGUUCUUUUUUUCGGUAACUGUGAAGAAGAUACUGUGGAAUAACGAAUGUUCCAUUCGCGGCGUAUUUAAAUCCAACAACUGGCAUCGUCAGAGCCUGCAGCCCACGCUAGUUUGCCGUGGAAAGGCUAUUCUUCUUUAGAAAAAAAAAAAAUCACACUCCCGGCACUGGAUGGGGCAGUGAGUUUAUUUAAGGAACCAUUAUUAUUUAUUUCUAGAACUUGUCUGAAUAUUUUUUGCUUUUAAUGUCUCAAAUCCUGGCAUUGAAGAGAUGGGCGGUAUUGUUUUGACAGCAAACCCCUGUGAUUUGUAUAGUUUUGUAAUUUUUUUUUGGUUUAUUCUGCAGAGAAAAUAUUAUUUUGUAUUUUUUUUUUUUUUGCCCUAAUUCGUUUAGGGGAGUGCAUAAUUCUGAGUCCUUUUUCAAUUGACGUGUCGUCAGCCCGUCGUACUGACGCCUUGAUAUUUUGUCAUUCCAGCAAACAGAGCAAAACAUUCCAGCUCCUAAGCAGGAAAGUCCGGGUAAAACGGUGCCGGCUAUUUCUCGGAGUUCGGUGGGGAGGCCAGGAGGUGACUUGGCUUUGAGAGCCUGCCUUAGAAACGAGUGGAAAAGAGAGACGUUUAGGGAGAAAAAUCUCAAAUCGAUAAGAAAGUUAUCAGUCCGUGUAGGGCUGCGUGGGACAGUCGCAAACGGUGAAUUUUUAAAGGGAUUUAUGUGAUUCCCCGGCCCUUAGGCCAACAGUGGAAUGUUCUGCUUUAAGAUAGUAGAAGGAUCGUUUUCUUUCGUUUUUUCUUGUAUUUUUCUUUUUGGUGGGCGGGAGGAGUUCCUUCGUCCGAAAUUUAAUUUUCCUUUAAGUGAAAUGAGGUUUAAAGGUGGCAUCUUUGUUCCCGAGGCCCGUUUCUCUUGCCAAAGGCAGCACCGGAUAUCUGAUUGUCAGGAAACCAUCGAAUGUAAGCCGAUACUGAAGGGGGAGAGGGUGACCGUUUCCCCCUUGGGGAUCCGCCGUGGUCCCCAGCUCCGUAUAGAAAACCGGUUCGUUGACUCCCACGGUCGACGCUAAAGGCCGUGUCGGUGGCGAUGUCAAACUCAGAGCUACAGAGCGAGCGUGGCCUGGUGUUGUUCGGAUCCACCUGCCGUGGAAAAAAAACAAAGUCGGUUUUGGGAGCGGCGGCAACACGGCGCGUCCCUCCGUGAUGUUAGAAACAUGACGUGAUCCAUCAAUAGGAGAGGUGGGGGGCCGGAGGGGAGGUAGGGGUACCGCAUCCAGCCCCCUCGGGAUUCUCGAUUCCUCUGUGCCCCGUCGGGUGGAGAGAGGCACCGAGCGGCGUCCCGUCCCCCCCGUCAGAUCGACGAAUCCCUCACGCCUCACGUUGGUUCUGGGCGACCGAAAGCUGCCCCCCAGAUGCCGUGUUGCCCCGGCCUCCUCCUCCUCCUCCUCCUCCUCCUCCUGUUUAAGAGCGUAAUUCUUGAGGCUCUGACAGACCGUCGGGCGAGGCCCCCCGAGAGCGAGGGGCCGGGGGGACGAACGUAUCGCCUGGGGACGGAACCCGGGAAUCCCGUUCGCCGUCGUCACUUUCUAGCAGCAAAGCAGCACUUUGGCGUUUCGCGCUCGAUCCCUCCGGCGUCACUCUCGUUCUCGCCGCGUCCUUCCAUGAUAACCUACUUGUCGGAGCCUAUCCGGAUGCCGUGUCCCAUAUUUAAAGCAGUAUUGUUCUAUCGAGACUCUGUGACCCCCUAACCUUCAGCUCUUGAAUAUAUGUAAUGCAGCGCUCUCACGAUAUUUUCAAUAAAGGAAUUUAUGCAUUCGACGGGAA